AUGAAGGGGAAGCAGCGGGCCUCUAUUUUGGCAGGGCUGAAGCACCUGGGGGCACCAAUCGCGAUUGCCACAUUGGUGUCCCUACUCUUUGCGGUGCCCGGGCUGUCUUGGGACACCCCCGGCCAGCACUUGGAGACAUUCAGUGGUGACAUGGAGGUCACGAAAGCUGAGUGGCGUGCUGGUCGUGCAGCGCAACCAUUCGACGUUGUUCUUGACCCUGAGAACAUGGAUCUUAGCACCAAUGUUGGAUUCGCGAACGCAUUAUUCUAUGCAGCCAACUUGGAGCCAGGUUCUGGCCACAUGACAGCACCAGUUUGCAGCACAUGGGUGUUUAUGUCACGAGGAAGCACCCUGAGGACCAAAAGCCGGCCUCUUGGCCGUAAGGACUCCAAGGCGGUGCAGCUCGGAAACCUGUUGACGGCGCGGGCUUUGGUGUUGAUUCUCAUCAUAGCAUCGAAGGGGUGCUGGUGGGUAUUGGAGCAGCCAAGCACUAGCUUGAUGGAAUAUCAUCCACUUUUCCAAGCAAUGCUUCGGCUCCUUUCUGGGGUAGUGCGAAAGACCAUAGACAUGAGUCAAUAUGGCGCCCCUACCAAAAAGCGCACCUUUCUCUACUCUAGCCAUAGAGAAAUCGACAGCAUUGAUGAGCACACGGUGCCGGAGAAGCUUGAGGACAAACAGAUGGUGGUUCGCUACACCAACGGAAAAGGUGAGGCGAGGUGCCAUGGUGGUUCAGAUCUUAAAGGUUCACAGGCGUACCCAAGACAGUUUGGCGAUGCUCUGGCGAAGUGCAGAACCUUGCAUGCAAAGCGCAUCCAGCGGAGGGCGAAAGCAUUUUUGCGGUCAGCCCGUGCAACCACAAGCAAGUAUGACAUGAGACCAAGAGUGAACCGUGCUUGGGUGCCAUCUGCUUUGAGGAAGCAGAGUACAUCCUCCUCUGGGUCUCCCAGUGCCAGGAUUCGUGACUUUUUGGCAGGGAAGAAAAAGGAUCGAGCAAGUUCUACGUCUUCGGCAUCCAAAAGUGUGUGCAAAGAGGUUCGCAAGGGCGACAAGUUCUCAAAGACCAAAGGUUCUGAGAAGCAGAAGGCCAGAAAAGCUGCCAGAAAAGCUGAGGUUCAGAAGGGAAAGGCCAGAAAAGCGGAGGUUGAGGAGAAGGCCAGAAAAGCUGAGGCUGAGAAGGAGAAGGCCAGAAAAGCUGAGGUUGAGGAGAAGGCCAGAAAAGCGGAGGUUGAGAAGGAGAAGGCCAGAAAAGCUGAGGUUGAGGAGAAGGCCAGAAAAGCGGAGGUUGAGGAGAAGGCCAGAAAAGCUGAAGCUGAGAAGGAGAAGGCCAGAAAAGUUGAGGCUGAGAAGGAGAAGGCCAGAAAAGCUGAGGCUGAGAAGGAGAAGACCAGGAAAGCUGAGGUUGAGAAGGAGAAGACCAGAAAGAAAGAGGCGGAGAAGAAGGACCAAAAGGCUCAGGUUGAGAAGGAGAAAAGCAGAAAGCUUGAGGUGGAGAAGAUCGAGAAGGAGAAGGCCAGAAACGCUUCAGUCGAGAAACAGAAGGCAAAGCUUGAUGAGAAAAGUAGGGAAAAGGCGAAUGUGGAGAAGGCCCACGAAAAGAAGAAAGGCAAAGAUAAGGAGAAUGAUAAAGAGAAGAAGGAACCACCCAUCAAGUUUGUCCCAAGUCAGAAGUCCAAGGUGGAGCACAUCUUUUCAACUCCCUCUACAAAGUCUUCUUCUUCCAGGGAGCGUGCUGAGAUGCAUCUGCAAUCUCUGGGGGCUUUGCUUCAAGCUUCUGAUUCCGAUGAGUCGAGCGAGUGCCAGGACACUGACAUGGAUGGGUUUCUUGAAGACAUCGAGGAGGCUGAAGAUGAGGAAGAGUUAGAAAGCGAAGAAGAGGAGGCAGAAGAGAGCGAUGAAGAAGUAGAGGAAGAUAAAGAGACCAAGGCAACGAAGAUUGCUGCACCUGCCACUGCCACAGAUGGUACUGGCCAUGCCUUGGCUGAAGCUACCAAAGCUGCUGAGAAGAAAUGUGAAACCUUGAGAAAUUCCACCACAAACAAACGUGAGUGGGACAGCUUCUGUCGCCAACUGAAGUCCAACAAUCGGAUCCCCUGCCAAGUUUCAGAAUACGCUCAAACUUCGGCAAACAAGACAUGCUUGUUUGGGAUGUGGUUAGACGCAGAGAAAGACUGGACGAAGUGCCAGUUACUUUUGGAGCGCACCUUAAAGCAACAGAACGAAGCUGAAAAGGGGUGGUGUGCCAUGCAAGGCCACGAGAUCCAGAAAAAGUACAAGAACAACCCCGAACGAGCUGAGAAGAUCAUGAAAUCCAGGCGUGAUGCUGGAUUGUGGUACCCUGACGAGGACUUCCCUGAUGACCCCAUUGAAGCUUGGUACUUCAUGAGGAUCGGGAAUUCUUUCAAGAGGAAGGACAUCACUUCAGAGAGCAUGACUUUGAAGGGAUCUAUGGAUGUAGACCCUGCUCUACGACAAGCUUUGACCGACGCCGACGAGGGAAUCAUGCGGCCUGGUGCUCUUCCAAAGAUGCAGACCAACUCGGCCAAUGGCAACAAGCAGCUCCUGGAUGCACUUGAGAAGGUCACAGCGGCUCCAAAGAAGAAGCCAAAGAAAGAAGAGGAGAAAUCUGGGGCAGAGGAGGUCAAACCGCAGACUUGGGAGGAGCAGGCUAAAGAUGCCAUGGGGGAACUGCUUCUUGACGCUGCAAAGGCAAGGACUGAGUCUAUCAAAUUAGGCAAUGUCCCUUAUGCCAAAGAGCUGUCAGAUCAGCUUUUGGAACACGCUUCCAAACUUGAGGGUCUCUACAAAAGCACCGAGAAAGCCAUGCAGUCAAAUGCAUGUGAAAAAGAUUUCAAGUCCUUGAUGGCGGAAAUCGGAGAAGCCACGGCAUUCACAGCAAAGGCUAAGGCCUGGGCACUCAAUGCCGUCGUGUGGGGUACUGGAGACAAUGAUAUGUAUAUAUACUCAUACAAGUGCUCUGUGCCACUAAAAGGAUAUGAUGUUUGCGGGGUCGAAAUUGACGGAAUAGGGGUAUAUGUUAAAGCUAUACAAAACACAUGGGGUGAAGGAGGUAUAAGGUACAAAUAUUUACAUCUACAAUGA